UUUGUCUUCUCUCUCUCUCUCUCUCUCUUAUAUCAGACAAACUCAACUCAUCUCAACUCGGAAUCUCCAUACUUUCAUUUUUUUAUAGAUCUCAACAAGACCCUUUUCUGUACAAUCUCCAUCAAUGGAUCUUCAUACGCUUUUCCUUUUAGGGGAAGUUUAGCUCACUCUUGUUCUGGUUUUGAGGAAGAGAUAUAAAUAAGUAAGUGAACAAGUGUUGGGUGUAAGAGAGGAUUGAAAUUUCAAGUGAACCACUAAACAUGAAUCAGGGGUUUUGGGUGGCAAAGGGUGCUAAUGCUACUGGGUGUUUAAAUGAUGGGGAGAUAGGAUAUGAUAAUUCUUCCAGAAUUGAGUCAAAGCGUUCUCAGCAGUGGUUUAUGGAAGGUCAUCCUGAGGUAGAGCUUCUUCCCAAUAAGAAGCAGGCAGUAGAAGUUCCGAAUAAUCAUCAUCUCUUUUCUGGGAUGUUAAACACCAAUGUUUCUCCAUGGGGUAGUGGUAGCAGUAGCAGUACAAGUAAUCCUGGUUUUCACUCAUGGUUAUAUGAAUCUGAGACAGCCAAGACUGUAGGUUUUGAUGACAGAAACAUCUCCUCACUUGGCUCGGGAAAAAUGAGUUUGGAGAGAAAAGUUAACGAAGAUUCAUUUGGCAACGAGUCCUCGUUCGGUUUGUCAAUGUCUCAUGCGCUAGAAGAUCCUAGAUCGAGUCUUACUUAUGGCGGGUUAAGGAAAGUCAAAGUGAGUGAGGUUAAGGACUCUGAGAAUCCCAUGUCUGUAUCAAUGGGACAAACUUAUAAUAGGGACAACGAUAAGUUAGUAGCAAUGGCUCUGACUUAUAACAAAGUUAGUGAUAAUAUCCUAUCUGUAGGUGAUACCUAUGAGAGAGCAGAUAACCAUUUUAUAUCAGCUGAUCAGACAUUCAGCAAGGGUGACAAUGGUAUCACAUCUAUCGAUCAGAUUUACAAGGUGGAGGAGAGUAGUAUAACGACAGGUCUCGUCUAUAGUAAGGCAGAAGAGAGUAGUAUGUCUACGAGUCAUGCUUUCAACCAGGGCCACUCCUAUAACAAAGGAGAGAGUACUAUCAUAUCAUUUGGAGGGUAUGAUGAUGAUGCCAAUGACUCAGAGAGACUCAUAUCGAGUUAUGAAUUGCUGAUGGGUCACGCGUCGGCUCAAAAGAUGGAAGAAAUGAAUGAGAAAAAAAUGGCUAACUCAAAUGCUGAAGUACUCACCACCCAUGUAACUGCUUCUGCUGCAGAAAGUGUCCCUAAAAAGAAAGAUGAUCACAAAAUUGCUAAGAAGAUUCCACCAAACAAUUUCCCUUCAAAUGUUCGAAGUUUGCUAUCGACUGGUAUGCUGGAUGGAGUGUCUGUGAAGUAUAUUGCCUGGUCAAGGGAGAAGGAGCUUCGUGGUGUAAUAAAAGGCGCUGGAUACUUGUGUGGCUGUCAGUCAUGUAAUUUCACCAAGGUGAUCAAUGCAUAUGAAUUUGAGCGUCAUGCUGUUUGCAAAACAAAACACCCGAAUAACCACAUCUAUUUUGAGAAUGGUAAAACUAUCUAUGGGAUUGUUCAAGAACUCAGAAGCACACCUCAGAACAUGUUAUUUGAUGUCAUUCAAACCAUUACCGGUUCGCCAAUCAAUCAGAAGUCAUUUCGUCUUUGGAAAGAAUCCUUUUUGGCCGCGACUCGGGAACUUCAACGAAUAUAUGGCACGGAUGAGGGGAAGCAAUUCUCUUGAGCAAGUUUUGCUCAAAUUGUGAGACAUGAUGUCUUUUCUUUUUCCUUCUUUGUGCAUAGAAGUUGGCCAUGCCUUGUACAAUUUCGAGGGCUUGGACCGUAACUGUUUUAUGUUUACGGACCAGGUACAACAGAUAUUGGAACUGUAAGGUCAACCUUACACUUAGAAUAGAACAUGUAUUUCUUGUUGUUAUAUGUAUAAUGAAAUGGUAUAGUGUUUAGCUAAAUUGAAGAAAAAGAGAAAUUAAAUGAAAUUUAUGGAUUUCUCUUUUAUGU